AUGUCUCAGUUACAGACUAUAGAACCUCUCGACUGCGAAGGUGACCCGACUUCUUUAGGCCAUCGUGCAUCGGUGGCAAAGAUGGAAGCGAGCUCUAGAUAUUUACCUCCUAGCCUUGGAUGUGGCAGUGAAAAUCAUAAGUGUGAUGAUGCACGUUGUCCUGCUAGAGACAAAGUAUGCGAUAAAUGUGGUUAUAAAGGUCAUUUUAAAAGCCAAUGUCGUACAAGAAACCACAAGUGUAAAGCACCCGCUAUUUGGAACAAACAAAAAACUGAUGAUAAAAAACCUAAAACAAAUGAAGAACCGCCCAAACCACCCGUCAGUAAUGUGAACUAUAUAUUUCACAUAGAUGACGAUGCCGAAAUAGCUUGUCUAGUUGGUGGUGUUAACGUAAAUAUGCUCAUAGACUCUGGAAGUAAAAACAAUAUAAUUAACGACAAGACUUGGAAAUACUUAAAAUCAAACAAUGUUAUUGUGACUAACCAACAGCAAGGGUCCGAUCAAAUAUUUAUGGCGUAUGGUUCAAAAAAUCCACUAAAUGUGCUUGGCACAUUUGAAGCGUCAAUAGCCGUAGGACCAGAAAGAAAAUCCGCAAAAUUUUACGUAAUUAAAAAUGGGACCCGUAAUUUAUUAGGUAAAGACACAGCGACGUGUCUCAAUGUGCUUAAAUUAGGGGUGAGUAUAAAUUUCGUGCAUACAGAGGCGUUCCCUAGGUUCAAAAAUAUUCAGUUAGCUAUUGCCAUAGAUUCAUCUGUUACUCCUAUUUGUCAGCCAUAUAGGCGAGUACCAAUUCCUCUUGAAAACAAAAUAAAUGAUAAACUUGAUGAGUUAGUGGAAAAAGAUAUUAUUGAACCAGUAGAUCAAGCCACAACUUGGGUUUCUCCGGUAGUACCCAUUCUCAAGAGUGAUAACUCCCUAAGACUUUGUGUUGAUAUGAGAUGUGCAACCAAGGCCAUUAUAAGAGAGAAUCAUCCCUUACCCACAAUGACCCAACUUCUUCCCAAGCUCAGGAAGUCGUGUAUCUUUUCUAAGCUCGAUAUUAAAGAUGCAUUCCAUCAAGUUGAAAUCAAGGAAGACUGUCGGGACAUAACAACCUUCAUAACCAGUAAAGGCUUGUUUCGAUAUAAGCGUCUGAUGUUUGGAAUAUCAUGCGCGCCAGAGCACUUUCAGAAAAUAAUGGAAAGGAUGCUUCUGCCUUGUAAUGGAGUUGUUAAUUUCAUUGACGAUGUCGUUGUAUUUGGUAGUAACUUAAAUGAACAUAACGAUAGAUUAAAGAAAGUGUUACAAGUUUUAAAAGAAAAUAAUGUGCUCCUGAACGAUAAAAAGUGCAUUUUUAACGCAACAAAAAUAGAUUUUCUGGGUCAUGAAUUAUCUGCACGUGGCAUUAAGCCCCUAGAUAAGUAUGUCAAAACUAUAGAAUCUUUCAGAGAACCUAAAACAGUCGAAGAAGUUCAAAGUUUUUUAGGACUUGUUAAUUACAUUGGCAAGUGGAUCCCGAGGUUAGCUACUAUGACCGAUCCAAUUCGAGAAAUUUUAAGGCACAAGCUUUCCAAACACGCGGACAUUGCUGAAUAUUGGAAGGAUAAACAAUCUGCCGCAUUCACGGAACUAAAGAAAAGUUUAAGUACCCUUCGUACUCUAGGUUUUUACGAUCCGCUUGACAGAACACAAGUAAUUGCAGAUGCUAGUCCUGUAGGGUUAGGAGCAGUCCUCAUUCAGAUCGAUACACAAGGACCCCGGAUCAUCGCGUUUGGUCACAAAAGUUUAUCUGAUGUCGAAAAACGAUACUGCCAGACUGAAAAGGAGGCACUUGCUUUGGUCUGGGCCAUCGAACAUUUUAAUAUGUACCUGUAUGGAUUAAAAGAAUUUGAGCUGAUUACUGAUCAUAAACCUCUCGAGGUAAUCUUUGGACCGCGAUCAAAACCUUGUGCACGAAUUGAACGAUGGGUAUUAAGGCUACAGGCAUACAACUACAAGGUUGUAUAUUGCCCUGGAAAAAACAAUAUAGCUGAUUCCCUAUCUCGGUUAUGCCUAAAUCAAAAUUCACCCCCUUAUGAUAAUGAGCGUCACAUUAAUAAAAUCGUGGAAUUUGCUAGACCAAUGGCCGUAUCCAUGGAUGAUAUCACUCACAAAUCUCAAAGCGAUGAAGAUAUUCAGCUGGUUAAAUUGGCUCUUUCUGGAAACCAUUGGAAUCCCAAAAUUACUUUAUAUAAGGUCUUUGAGCAAGAACUAUGGAUGCACAACGAUAUUUUACUACGAGGAAACAAAAUUAUCAUUCCUAAAGCGUUACGCGAACAAGUGCUCGCAUCGGCACAUGAAGGGCAUCCAGGCAUUGUUGCUAUGAAAAGCAGAUUACGCACUAAAGUAUGGUGGCCCAAAAUCGAUAAAGACGCUGAAAACAUGCAAUUAAUUAAAUAUAUUUAUGCCAACCCGCCCGCUCGACAUUACGUCGACAGAGGUCGCAACGAGUGGGCGUGUCGCAUGCGCACUAAGCAAGUACUUAUUGUAGUGUUUCAUUAA